ACCCAUUCCUACGUCAUAGUUUAGCCAGUGUGAGAAAAUCAGUUUUGACAACUUUAUUAUCUUUCAUUCAUAUCCCGGACCCCUCAAUGCAUAGUUGGAUCAACGGUCAAAUUAUUCGCUUGAUAUUUCAAAAUCUGUUGAUGGAAAGAAACGAAGAUGUUUUGAAUUUAUCUACAACAGUCUAUGAUGAACUCAUUAACUUUUUGGUAAAAACGGGUGUAUCACUUGAAGACGCUUUCGAGCAACAUAUCGCUCCAUUGCUUGAUCUAAUGGUAACACCUAUUGGUUUACCUAGAUUCAAUUACUCAAUGAAUCCACGCAACAUUUUACGUCCGUCGGGCCAAUCCAUGUCAUUAUCGGAUAUCCAGCUAACCGGUAUCAAUUACAAAAAGGGAAUUUUUUCCAACAUAUCAAAUAAUAGUAAUAACGAUCAAAAGGAUGAGAAGAAAAGAAAGAGAAAACAAAACGGCGAUAACAUUGUUUCUGAUAAUGGUAAUGGUCAUAGUGACAGCAACACCAGUAAUAGCAGUAACGGAACGUUUGGUAUACCUCAGUCUGAAUACGAUCUCCAUAUCAAUAUAGAUGCUCCAAUUAUCAAUUGUGAUGUUACUCUUGUACCCCUCGAAACCAUUUAUCUCACUAGGUUGAUUUCUGCACGUGCAAUGGGGAGAACAAUAUCUAGAUUUUCAAAUGAAGAAGUCGUUAUAUCUUUUUUCACAGUCCUACAAAAAAAAUUACAGAGUAAUUUUAUAACACCCCGUCUUCUAUCGUGUUGGAUAAUCAGUGAGUUUUUCUCAUCAGUUGUAAAAGAAGGGAAAAUGAGCAAUGUAAACUACUCCCUAAUAUCUCAAUCCAUAAGUCCUGUGUUGAUGGAGCUUUUGACCACACCCACUUCUUCUCUACCAUUCUUUAGAGAAAUUGUUCCUUUGUUGCGUAGUACAAGGUCUCAUUCAGCUUACUUACUUAGCUUGUUUAGAGAACAGGCCCAUCUAUCAUCGUUCAAGUUGAAAAGCUUGGCAGUUUUAGUGACUGGCGAAGUUGAUGCUGGACCAGGUGCAUUCUCAAUCUCCGAUGCUAAUGAUCUAGUCAACGUUUGGUACGGUAAUGCAUACAAAUCAUUAAGUGCAGCUGUUAGAAUCUCCACAGGGAAGGCUUUAGAAUCUGCACGAGAUAGAGUAAAAACUAGCAUUGUUGAAGUUGAAGAUGAGUAUGAGAGUAGACUUUAUUCCGUCAAUUCUUCAAUUGCUGGUGCUUACAUUCGCUGUACAGUUUUUGACGGUGACGGAGCUUUACCUAAAAAGUUGAACCCAAUCAUUCGUUCUUUGAUGGAUGGUGUUAAACUUACGAAUAGCAACCUGAUUCAAAAAUACGUUUCAAAAGAUGUUGCAUAUUUGAUCAGCAGAUUGAUUCAAGAGAAUAGAAAUAAUAUUGCAGAAAAAAUUGUUAAAAACUUAUGUGGAUUUUUGUGUGUUGAUCCCGCUGAAGUUCCUGAAUAUUCCCCUAAUAAAGACUACGAUGGAAUCUUGAGUUUAGUAAGAGAGGGAAGAGAUGCCAACAUCUUAGAGGAAACAGCUGUUGUCGAAGACAACAAGAUUGGAAGUGGUGCUGGAUCAAUUGAUUUUGAAAUCAAAGGAGCUGUGAUCAAAAGAAAGGGAGGAAUGGUAACACUUGAAGCUCUUAUUAAGUUGUUUGGUGAUGAACUAUUUGUCAAACUUCCAAAAUUCAAAGCUAUGAUGAUUGAGCCAAUGAAUAAUUUGAAUAAAAACAUUUCUGAACUAAGUGCCAAAGAAGGUCAAGAAAUCAUUGAUUCAUUCGAGUUGAACAAGACUGUAUUCCCAUGGAUAGAUAGUAAGCUUAAAGAUGAGAUCCUAUCCAAUGUUGAUGUGAUUCUCAAAGGGUUGAACUCUAAAGAAUCUGUCUUUCGUUAUGCUUCAUCAAAGUGCUUUGCCAGCAUUGUAGAUUCUUGUCCUAAUGUUGGUUUCGAACUUUUAGUUAAGAAUAUUUUACCAAUGUUGAAUAAUCCACAUGAUGUUAGUGAAAGACAAGGUGCUGUUGAAUGUAUUUACCAUGUUGUGCAGUUUAUGGAUUCCUCUAUUCUGCCAUAUAUUGUGUUCCUAAUUGUUCCAAUUUUAGGGCGCAUGAGUGACUCUAAUAGAGAUAUUAGAUUGAUUGCCACUGCAACUUUUGCACAAAUUAUAAAACUUGUUCCAUUAGAAUCAGGUAUUCCUGAUCCAGUUGAUAUGCCUGCAAGUUUAUUGGAGGGUAGACAAAAGGAAAGAGAAUUUUUAAGCCAAAUGAUGGAUCCAUCUAAGAUUGAGCCUUUUGAGAUGCCAGUCAGUAUCAAAGCUACUUUGAGAAAAUACCAACAGGAAGGUGUUAACUGGUUGUUUUUUUUGAACAAAUAUCACUUACAUGGAAUAUUAUGUGAUGAUAUGGGACUCGGUAAGACUCUACAGACAAUUUGUAUGGUUGCAAGUGAUCAUCACAUGAGAUCUGAAAAGUUUGCUAAGGAUAGAUCAAUUGAGAGUAGGAAAUUACCAUCUUUGAUCGUUUGUCCCCCUUCGUUGACUGGUCAUUGGGAACAAGAGUUUCAGCAAUAUGCUCCAUUUAUGAAGGUUAUUGUUUAUGCCGGUCCUCCCUCAGCCAGAGCACAGCUGAAGAAACAAAUAGAAAAUGGAGUCAAAGAUGAUAUUGACAUUGUUAUUACUUCCUAUGAUAUUGUAAGGAAUGAUGUUGACUUUGUUACUAAGUUUGAUUACAACUAUUGUGUUUUAGAUGAGGGCCAUAUUAUCAAGAAUGCCAAAUCGGUUCUUUCUAAAUGUGUGAAGCAAGUGAAGGCAGAACACCGAUUAUUACUAUCUGGUACACCUAUUCAAAAUAAUGUUGUUGAGUUAUGGAGUUUGUUUGAUUUUUUGAUGCCUGGAUUUUUGGGUACUUAUAAACAGUUCGAUGCUAAGUUUGCGAAGCCUAUUGCGUCAUCGAGGAGAAACAAAGGUCAAAAGGAGCAAGAGAAAGGUGCCCUCGUUUUAGAAAGUUUACAUAAACAAGUGCUACCUUUCAUGUUGCGUCGGUUGAAGGAAGACGUUUUGGCCGAUUUGCCCCCUAAGAUUAUUCAAGAUUAUUAUUGCGAAUUAUCGAAUCUUCAAAAACAAUUAUACAAGGAUUUCAUCAACAAACAAAAGAAGAGUAUAGUCAAAGAUAUUGAAGAGACCACUGGCACAGGUGAAGAUGAAGAAGACGUUAAAGGUGCCAAACAACAUGUUUUCCAGGUGUUGCAAUACAUGAGGAAGUUAUGUAAUCAUCCUUCAUUAGUUUUGACCAAGAGUCACCCUCAAUACAACGAGGUGUCUGCUUAUUUGAAGAAAUAUAAUAUGAAGCUUGACGAUAUUGAGCAUGCUCCUAAACUAUUAUCCUUAAAGAACUUAUUGAAAGAAUGUGGUAUUGGGUUGAUUGGGAAUGAAUCUACAGUUAUUUCUCAGCAUCGUGCUUUAGUGUUUUGCCAAAUGAAGGAUAUGCUUGAUAUAGUUGAAAAUGAUUUACUCAAGAAAAAUAUGCCUAAUGUGACCUAUUUGAGAAUGGAUGGUUCUACUGAUCCAAGGUACAGACAGAGUAUUGUGAAACAAUUCAACGAGGAUCCGUCAAUAGAUCUAUUACUUUUGACAACAAAAGUUGGCGGGUUGGGUUUGAACUUGACUGGUGCUGACACAGUUAUUUUUGUGGAGCAUGACUGGAACCCGAUGAAUGAUUUGCAGGCUAUGGAUAGAGCGCAUAGAUUAGGGCAGAAGAGGGUCGUCAAUGUGUAUAGAUUGAUCACUAGGGAUACGCUAGAGGAAAAGAUUAUGGGAUUACAAAAAUUCAAAAUGAAUAUUGCCUCCAGUAUUGUCAACCAACAAAAUGCAGGUCUUGCAUCUAUGGAUACACAUCAAUUACUUGAUUUGUUUGAUUCUGACAAGGUUGGAGGUGAGUCUACCGAAGGAGACAACAAUGAGAAAGACAGUGAGGCUAGCAAGAAACAAAAGAAGAUGAACGGGAUUGACGAUGUUACCGACGAAGGUGGGUUGGGUGGCAAGGCUGGCACCGCAGUGAAGGAGCUCGGAGAACUUUGGGACGAAAAGCAGUACGAAGAAGAAUAUAAUUUGGAUUCUUUUAUACGUACGUUGAAAUAGUGUAAUACCACCAUGUAAAUAAAUGUGUAUAUUUAUUCGGUAAUAUAAAGAUAAAACGGAAUACUAAGAGAUCGUCAGGAUUUG